AUGGUCUUCAUGCUAUCCAACCCUGAGGCCUUCUUAUUAAGUGCGGCCUUCUGCGCCGCCCCCGCCCCCGCUUGGUUGGAGGUCUGCGAAGACGAAUUCUCCUCCUUUAAGGGUUUCAGAGGAGGCAUCAUCAUGUUUAUCGGCGGUAUCUUAGCGUUGGGGUCCUUCGCAAAUUCGGGUAAGCCAUCCAUCAUCAUGGGUGGGAAAAACACCAUCGGCAUUGGCGGCAUUUCUUCUCCCUUCAUGCCACCUGUUCCCGGCGCAUACGGCAUCGGGGGCAUAAGGCUCCCAUCUAUGGAAGCGGAGCCGGACUGCAUCAUGCCCAUCGGCAUCAUCCCGUCCAUCAUCCAGCCGGAUAAAGGCGGCACCUUCGGACCGCCAAUCGUCGAAUUGUUAUCCCCCUGGCCUUCUAAUCCUGGCAUGCCCGGCAUCGCACCUGGCGGAAAUGGGAAGAAGUUGGGCAUGCCGGGCAUUCCCAUCAUACCAGGUGGCAUCUGCCCAGGCAUCAUUUGCUCCGACAUUGUGGACUCUCCUGAUGAUACUACCGACGCCGAUUUCGCACUGGGUGCCGCUUUAGCAGAGGAUGCAGCGGAUCCAUCCGAUCUAGGACCGGCGCCUCCAGGCAUAGGAGGGAAACGCCAGGGGAAACGUUGGUUCUCAGACCCCGGCGCUGCACUUUGCGCAGCGUCCGGACGACGAAAAGGGUCUCCCUGCACCCCAGGCACUGGGAAACCAUCUCCCAUUGGCCCUUGUGGAGCAGCGUGA